AUGGAGUGGCUAAUGAAAUAUGGUGGAAACGCAGAGAAGGUACCUGAUUACGACUGCAGAUCAGAAGAUAGGAUAUACGGGCGGAAAGACUACGUUCUGGGCACGAUAUUCAUUGCAUACGGAAUUAUUGCGGAGAUCGUUUACAUAUUAGAUUUGACAGUGAUGGCGAAAAAACAAUAUCGACGUUUAUCGUGUUACAAAAUCAUGAUAGUAUUAGGGGUCUACGACAUGGCAGCUUUAUCGCUCAACUCAUUACUGACCGGAUAUUUUUGGUUCACUGGCGGAAAUUACUGUACAAACCCAACGUUCAUGUUUGUUGCUGGUGCUAUUGCUCUUGGUGGGGCUUUGGUGUGGAGCAUGCAUGAUUUGCUUUGUGUUGGUCAUAAAUCGUCUUCUGGACCUAGGGAACAGAGCACUCAUGCUAAUGGCAGUUUGUAUUUUGUCUUUUUUACACCUCCUCUCCUAUUCAAUUCCGAUGAGUCGGCAUGGUUCUUCUUCACGUUUGCCAAAAGCAAAGCGAAUAUUGCUGGACAUUUCCUAAAUUAUCCACAUACAGCAAACAAUUUGUUUGUCGUUGUGCUCACUUGUCUCCUGUACAUACAGUACUCUCGUGUUCUUCUACGCUAUUCCAGAAUAGGAAGCGGCUUAACAUGGACACAGAAAUCGUUUUUCUUGCAAUGUUCCACGAUCUGUAUGGCAAACCUCAUAGCUGCACUAAUCUAUGUCUACAUGCAGUUUCUUUAUACACCUCAAAGUCUCGUUAUUGCUGGUCACGUCUGCUGGCAACUUGGACACGGAUUUCCUGCCAUUGUUUACCUCGUCCUCAACCGUUCCAUACAAACUGAAGUCUUGGUACUGCUAGGAAUUCGUAAACGAAGCUCACUAAAAUCUCUCACCCAGCAUACAGCUUCAACAACUAGGCCCGGCAACAGUGCUGAGCAGAGAGUUAGGCGCAACAUCAUUUGUUGCUGAUUGCGAACGGUGGAAGAUCGUAAAAAUUGACGGGAUGAAGCUGCAGCAUGAAGAUUCAGUAACUACUCUUAUCUUGUUGUUUUCUCCGAUGAAUAAUUGCUUCGAAGUGAAUAUGGUAACUAUGCUAGCAGUCGAGAUGCUUUAAGUGACUAAGAAACCCGGCUGAACUUGGCCC